AUGAAAGAUCAUACCAUCCGAAGAGGUGUGGACUAUCGGGUAUAUGAGUCGGAACCGACAACAUUCUAUGCCAAAUAUACAGAAUAUGGGAAUGGUUGUGACUGGUUGAUUAGGGUUACCAAAAUGCAGAAGAAGUACUGUUGGGAGAUAAGGAGGUACAAUGGAAGUCACACUUGUACCAGGUCUACUAUUUCUCAAGACCAUUCGAAGCUGGAUUCCAAGACAGUUGCAGAAGCAAUUAAGCCGUUGGUAGAGGUUGACCCGUCUAUAAAGGUGAAAUCAAUAAUUGCUGAAGUCCAGUCAAAGUUUAACUACACCAUCAGGGAUGAUUUGGUUCCUGAUAUACGUGUCCCACAUAGAGUAUUCUGGAGUUAUUACCCUUGUAUAAGGGCCUUCAGACACUGCAAGUCAGUGGUGCAGGUGGACGGGACUCAUUUGUAUGGAAAAUACAAGGGUUGUUUAUUGGUUGUAGUCUCACAAGAUGGUAAUAACAACAUCGUGCCUAUUGCAUUUGCCAUAGUGGAGGGAGAGACUUCUGAUGCAUGGUACUUUUUUCUGAGUAACUUGCGUCAACAUGUGGUGACAUGUGAUGGUGUGGGACUUAUCUCUGAUCGACACGAUUCAAUUAGGUCAGCUAUUGAACGAAGUAAUGGGGCUUGGUCUCCUCCUAGAGCUUUCCAUAUGUUUUGUAUCCGGCAUAUUGAGUCCAACUUCUUGAGGAAGUUCAAGGCACCUUACUUGCAGAAGCUUAUCGUCAACAUUGAAUACUUGAGGACGAUCAGGGAGUACCAGAUGCGCUAUGAACGAUUAAAGGAACGGGGUGAGGCUUACACCACCUGGCUUGAUCGGAUCCCUCGUGAGCAGUAUGCUUUGGCAUUUGAUGGUGGAUACCGAUGGGGUCAUAUGAUCACCAAUCUUGUGGAGUGCAUCAACUCCGUCUUAAAGGGUGCACGCAAUCUCCCGGUCACUGCACUUGUUAAGGCUACAUUUUACAGACUGAAUGAGUUGUUCACUAGGAAAAGAGUCGAGGCCGAAGCCCGAAUCAAUGCUGGACUUGUGUUCUCUGAGAUGGUGACCACCAAGCUACAUGCAAAUCAACGAGCAUCGGGUAACAUACAGGUUAGCUGUUUUGAUAGAGAAAAUGAAGUCUUUGAAGUACGCGAGAUGCCUAGUGGGGUUGAGUAUGCAGUUGACCUACGCCACCAUCGGUGCGACUGUGGUGAAUUCCAGGUUGACCGAAUUCCUUGUCGACAUGUGUUUGCUUGUUGUGCAAAUCAGCGGUUGGAUUGGCAAGUGUACGUUAAUGAUGUAUACAAGAUGGACCAAGUUUGA